AUGUCGUCGUCUCGGACAUCUAGUACAUCGUCGUUGAAGUCUGAUCAAACCAUGUCCGAGCGUAAUCUACGUUUAGUGCAAUUAAAGUUGGAGCGGGCGAAGAAGGAAGCUGCGCUUGAGAGCGAACGUGUCGAACAUGAACUUGAGCGCAAACGUGUCGAACAUGAACUUGAACUUGAGCGCAAACGUGUCCAACAUAGACUUCAAAUCAAACGAAGUAUAUUGGAUGCCGAAACGGAAGCAGAACAAGCGAAGAUAGAAUUGGAAAGCGUCGCGGCAAGAUCAAGCAAAGGCUCAACGCGGGAUGAUGAAGAAGAAGAUGUGGAAUCCUUUACUACCUUAUCACCGAAGAGAUUGAUGGAAUACGUGAAGACACCAGGGGGGAAGGGACUGUUUUCUGUGCCAAGUCAUGAUGCACAAAUAAUAAAUAAACAUGAUGAUAAAUCGGAAAUAUUAGAUUUUAAUGAGGAUUGUAACAGGAGUAUUUUCAAAAUUGUAAAUACGGAUCAGGAUAAACAUUCUACUGCGGAAGAAAUUGUACAGCGGCCUAUUUGCAUGUUGGAUCCAGGCAUACCUAUCCAUUACUCAAGCCCGGAGCAUGAGGUGCCUGUGACUCAGAAGAUAUUGGUGAGUCCUAUUUUACCUGAUAAUUGCGAGCAACCACUAGAUCCACAGAUUAGUGCGGAGCAAUUAUUGUUGCCUAAUUACGUCAAGCCAGGGAUUAAGCCUGAUUUCAAAUCUGCCAAGCAUGAUAUCGUGUAUGAUGAUGUUAGGGCAGGCAUGAGGGCGCCAGAUGUGGCCAAGCCUUUUGCUACUGAAAUGCCUAACAUGACACUGAAUGCUGUAGCGCAAUUGACCAGGGCGAUGAUGGCGGGCAUGACUGAUGUGGCAAAUAUAAUCAAGCAGGGAUUCACAUUACCUCAGAUUAAGCUUUCUGUAUUUGACGGGAACGUACUAAAAUAUCCUGAAUUCGUUCGUGAAUUCAAUAACUAUAUUGGAUCAUGCAAACUGGACACUGCUACAAAAUUAAAUUAUCUAAUAUCUCAUUGCACUGGUGAAGCAAAGGAAGCUAUAAAAUCAUGUGGAAAUUUACCAUCAGAAGAGGGAUACAAUUUGGCUCGUAAUAUUCUUCAUAAAAAUUAUGGUCAAACUCAUUUAAUUAUUGACACACAUCUUAAUUUGUUGUGUGAGGGACCUGCAAUAAAAGUUAAUGACAUUGAAGCUUGGGAUAAAUUGCUUACUCAAGCAAGAAGUACAUUUAUAACAUUUUCACAAUUCGGUAUUAGAUCCAAUUUGGAUGACUUAACUGUACUAAGGAAAAUUGUCAAAAGGUUUCCAUCUCAGCAAUUGUGGAAAUUUGCAAAUUUGGCCAACGAUCGUUAUAAUGCUGGAGAUUUGGUAAACUUCGAUACACUGUUAUCAUUUAUGGAAUCUGUGUCAAAUGUCAAUCGAUCAGGAUUUGGCAAACUUGCUCGUGAAUCACAAAGGAAAAAGAAAGUUGACGACUUGGGAGGUACUCGUAGUAAUCGCAAGGUGUCAUCCUUUCUCAUAUCCGAAGAAAACUCUAGUAAGGACAUUCCAAAACGUAAAAGUCAUGAGUUGAAGUGCAUGAUGUGUGACGGUAGUCAUCGAUUGUGGAAUUGUGCAAAAUUCAAAGAAAAAGAAGUUUCAUUCAGACACAGGUUUGUGCGACAGAAGAAUAUCUGUUUUAAUUGUUUGAUUCCUGGUCACUGGACAAGCCGGUGUCAAUCUAAAAUCCACUGUAGAGUGGAAGGCUGUGAUCUAAAACAUCAUACACUGUUACACUUUAAGCAUUCAAAAAAUGGACAAACAAACUCUAAAGUUGACUUGCGUAACUCAACUGACGACACUCAGUCUGAGAAACAUGAAGUCAGUAGUUAUUCAUCAUCGAAGGAGGCCGGGUCUGAACCAGCUGAAGAGACUGGGGCUCAUGUUUCAUCAUCAUUUUGUUCAUCAAGGGAGACAGCAUCACAUAUUCGUAGGAAGGUAGUACCAGUUAGAUGUUGGGGAUCGGAUGGCCGAUCUUGCGACACGUAUGCCUUUCUGGAUGAUGGUUCUGAUGUAUCGCUAUGUACAAAUGAUUUGAUGAAGAGGCUUGGCAUAAAAGGUAUCAAAGAUGAAAUUGUUUUGAAAACCUUGGGUGGUGUCGUUAAGACUGACAGUGCUCGAGUAUCAUUGAAUAUCCGUGGAUUGCGUGAAGUGCAUUCAAUUCACAUCAAAGGCGUCAGAGUUCUGGAUAGACUUCCAUCCGAUCUGGAGAUUAACAUUCCUUCGAAUGCUGAUUCGUUAAGAUGCAAUCACAUUCAGGACUUGAAUUUUCCAACGCUGGAAAAUGCCAAAGUUGAGAUUUUGGUAGGCGUGGAUGCUCCAGAGGCGCAUGUAAUUUCUGGAAUGAGACGCGGGAAAAAGGGUCAACCAUAUGCCGCAAGAACGGCUCUAGGCUGGGCGUUGUUCGGUCCUGAUGAUACUUACAAUCAGUGUGAUGAAUCUCAUGUUGACAACGUUUCAUGGAUUUCUUUGAACAAUGAGAGGCUACAUGAGCAAAUGGAGAAAGCGUUUGAAACGGAGUUUUCAGGUUGCAAUGCAUACGAUACUGCUCCUUCAAUAGAAGAUAAGGCUGCAUUAUCAAUUAUGGCAAAUACCAUCUGUAAAGUGGAUGGUCAUUAUCAAGUGAGCAUUCCGUGGAAAAGGAAAGACGCAGAAUUGCCAAAUAACAUAAAAAUUGCUGAGUCACGUCUCAACAAUUUGAAGAAAAGAUUGCUUCGUGAUCCAGAAUUGCAUGAUAAAUAUAAGAAGAAAAUGGAAGAAUACAUAUCGAAUGGUCAUGCAAGCAGAAUUUCGGAUAACAAGCUGGAACACACCAAAAAGACGUGGUAUCUUCCUCAUCACUGCACAGGAGGAAAGUUUCGGAUUGUUUUUGAUGCUUCUGCUAGAUACCAAGACACGUCUCUUAAUGACAAUAUUCUAUGUGGACCUUCUCAAACUAAUUCGCUAAUUGGUGUCCUGUCAAGAUUUCGACAAGAGAAGAUUGCUGUGGUUGCUGAUAUCAAAAGUAUGUAUCACCAGGUUCUGGUUACACCUGAAGAUCGCGAAGCUUUGAGAUUUUUAUGGUGGCCAGAUGGUGAUCUCAAACAACCAGUAGCGGAGUAUCAAAUGAACGUUCAUCUUUUUGGUGGAAAUUGGUCGCCAAGUGUUGCAUGCUACGCUUUAAAACGAGUAGCUGAAGAUAAUGCGAACCAUGAAGAUGAAGAAACCUUGAAUGCUAUUAGAAAGAGUUUUUAUGUCGAUGACUUAGAACGAUCUGAGCCGACUGUUCCUCUUGCAUUAAAACGAAUUAAGGAAGUUUGCGGUUUAUUGGAAAAUGGGGGUUUCCAUCUUUCGAAGUUUUCCAGCAAUAGCAUUGAAGUUAUGAAUUCUAUACCUGAAGUUGACAGAGCUGUUUCAUCAGUGAAUUUAAAUCUUGACAAAGUGUCAUCACAGAAAGUACUCGGACUGUCGUGGAAUAUUCCACUAGAUUCCUUUGUAUUUGAAGUCGAUAUUCAGCAGAAACCACAUACUCGGAGGGGAUUGCUCUCAAUGCUGAGUCAAGUCUUUGAUCCGUUGGGUAUGCUGGGCCCAUUCCUGUUGCCAAUGAAGAAGUUAUUGCAACGUUUGUGUGCCCAGGAUCUCAGCUGGGAUGAUGACCUUCCUAUGGAUGCAAUUAAACUAUGGGAGAAUUGGAUUGGACAAUUAUCUGAAUUGGCAAAAGUGAGGGUACCAAGAUGGCUGCAUGGAACUAGGUGUGAAUCAUGCAAGAUGCAGUUGCAUACCUUUUGUGAUGCCAGUGAAACUGGUCUUGGAGCAGUUUCUUACGUAAGAGUUGUCAGCACUUCUGGAGCAGUUCAAUGUGAAUUUGUCGCAGGAAAAUCUAGAGUAACUCCUUUGAAGGCGGUAUCAAUUCCUCGAUUAGAACUGCGCGCAGCGGUGGUUGCAGCAAAACUAAGUGCUAUGAUUCAAUCGGAAUUGGAAUAUAAAUUUGAAAGGAUCGUCUACUGGACAGAUUCAAUGUCUGUUUUACAGUACAUCAAUAAUGUGUCAACCCGAUUUAAAGUUUUUGUUGCAAAUCGAAUUGCAACCAUUCAUGACUUUCAGAGCCAUCGCAGUGGCGUCAUGUGGGAACGAAGGAUAAUCCAGCUGACGUUGCUUCGAGGGAGUAAUGCCUAG